GUUUUGAACGGUUUUCUUGAUUUAGUCUCUCCCACGUCUUCUCCUACCCACGUUCCUGUAACUUCCAUGUACACUUCCUUUUAAAGCAGUCUCAAACCUACAUUUUUGCCCCAUUCCCCUCCAUCCAUCGCUCUCUGUCAAAUUGCGCUUUGAAAAGUAAAACUGAAGCAUCGAUUUCUGGCAACACAACCUGUCUUUGAAGCACCGAUUCCAAGAAUCACGGCUUCUUUACCUCCGAAAAUGUCAAAAGCAUGGCCUUAGUUCUCCGGCGACGUGAAGAUAUCUUGCCGAUCAAUGGAAUAAAUAUCUUCUUCGCUUGUAUAAACACACUAAUCUUCCACCUUCAACCGUGAAUCAUCAUCCCUAGAUCUCAAUAAAGAUGAAAGUGGAGAAGCUUUUAUCGAAGGUUGACCGGUCGCCGAAAAGGUCGAUGAUUGAUGCGCUUAGGCCGUCGAUGAGGGCGUUGAUUAAAGACGGUCUUUCAAAACAUUCUGAUGUUGAUGUGAAGGUUGCAGUUGCUUCCUGCAUAAGCGAGAUAACGAGAAUUACAGCUCCUGGUGCACCUUACGAUGAUAACCAAAUGAGGGAUGUAUUUAAGUUAAUUGUUUCUACGUUUGAGGGUUUAGCUGACCAGUCCAGCCGAUCUUACGCCAAAAGAGCUUCAAUUCUUGAAACUGCUUCGAAAGUCAGGUCAUGUGUCAUCAUGCUUGAUCUUGAAUGUGAUGCGUUAAAAUCAGUAAGGGACUAUCAUUUAGACUCCGUUUUUCCAUCAAUGGGAAGUAUAAUGGUGUUGGUUAUAGAAGAAAGUGAAGAAAUUCCAGUUGAGAUGCUCAAACCACUACUCGCUCAUGUUAAAAAGGAUAACACGGACGUCUUGCCAAUAGCUUGAAAUUUAAGUGAACGAGUGCUUGUGAAAUCUGCCGAAAGGCUAAAGCCUUACCUUCUGCCAGCUGUCACGACUCUUGGUGAAUCUUUAGAUACGUACACUAAAGUUGUGACUGCAGUAUGUAAAGGCACAACUGCUACUAAUGAAAAUAAUGAUGAAAAUACUUCUGGGCUACAAGAGAUAGAGAAGAAAUGCCUACAAGGCUAUUGUCUCAGGUGACAAAUAAGGGAAAAUGAUGUUUAAGAAGAUUCAUAAAAGUAUUGAGCCUAGUUAAUAUCGCCGAGAUGUAUCUGUCAUCGGUCCCUUGGUGAGAUAUCGGUGCAAAAUAUCGGUUAGAAUAUUGGUACCGAUAUUGACUGAUAUUGGACUGAUCAGUGGUUGACCUAGGAAUUAUUUGUUGGGGGUGCGGAUGAGGUGUUCAACCAUAUUUUCAAGGGGUGCGGUCGGGUUUUUUGCACACAUGAUUUAUCCUACUGAGUCUUAUAUGUUGGUUUAUAAUGAAGAUUGGUAUAUAAUAAAGAGUUCAUGGAAGGGUGCCUAAAGAAAUUAAAAGAUUGUGUGAAACCAAAAAAAGUAACCAUGUUUACAAUUUAAGUGGUAUGUUUGAAAAAAAAAAAAAAA